AUGGGUUCAGUGAUGCUACAACACCUCCCCUCCGCGUGGCACGUCGAUCAGGCCAUUCAAGUCCCAGACUUCAACGCCAUGUACGAGAUCUACGAUCCCUGCACCGUCAUGUUCUUUUGGCGCAACAAGCACAUGCAAGUCGAUUUUGGCACGGGCAACAACAACAAGAUCAACUUUCCUAUUGGCACGAAGCAGGAGUUGAUUGACAUCUUAGAAGCCGUGUAUAGGGGAGCGAGCAAGGGAAAGGGGCUUGUUGUCAGUCCGAGGGACUACUCAACUAAAUGGGCAUACUAG